UUUGACCCUAUGUAUGUGGCUAUUAUUUAUUUGUUUUGUUCUUUCUCAAAAUGUCGCUACUGUCAACCUUUUUGCAAACAGCUGUAAAUGUACUCGGCUCAGGUAUCCCGAUGUGGGAUUGUUCGGUAGAACUGUACGUGGAGCUAAAUGACCAUGUUCAUGCAUGUGGUGCCACUGGCCAUCAAAUAAAUAAGAGAGUGCUAACACCGUUGCUCACCUUUCUGCAUUCAGGUUAUCCAAGCUAUGGGUACAGUGCUAUGGCUCAAAUUUCUUGAUCAGACAUCCAAAAUCGUGACCACGUUGACUGCCGCAGUCCUUCUCUACACCCGCUCGGCAGGUGUCGCAUAUUUCGUGACUGGCGCGGUCUUAUGUUCAGCGCUUGCCAAGUGCAUUAAGAGGGCAAUACGACAGGAGCGCCCAUUGCUGCACUCCGGACGCAAGGUAUCUUAUGGAAUGCCUAGCUCACAUGCAUCCGCAUGCACCUUCUUUGCCACAUAUAUUACGACAACUUGCCUCCAGCUACCUGUUCACCCUACCUUGCCUAGUUCCGCUAUGUUCACUCCACUGGUCAUCUUACCAUGGACAUUCAUGAUAGUUGUGUCAAGGGUCCAGUUGGGCCAUCACACAUGGCCGCAGGUUGCGGCAGGAACUGCCCUUGGAGCCUGCUGUGCUAGCUUUUGGUUUAAGCUAUGGGUGGAUGAUGCAGCUGGUGUCAAGACAACUGGAUGGGAAGUCGAAGCGAUGGUAAAAUCAUGGCUUGGACAAUGAUCUCAGGAGCAUGUAUAUAUCCAUUCACUACACUUAUAGAGACAUUCAUGAUUUUUUGUUAGUAACUGCAGUGAGUGAUCUGUCGGCUGUGUUUCUAUUCUUCCGCUAAUUCUGUUUCGGAAAGUUUUUUUUGGCGUACACUGGUUGCCGCCUUGAUGUGAAUUUCUUGUCCGUGCGACUGUCAAGUGUUGGGUUUUUGUUCGAUCGUUUACCCAUCCUUGUCAGAUAGAGAUAUACGAUAAAUGCAAGUCAGUGUUUGUGGGAUAUUUCCGUCUCCUGUGACGGUUUUUGGAAUGCCACCU